AUGGGUAAACGCAAGCUGAACGAACACGACGUUCCCGAAGACGCCGAGGUUGUUGCUGCCUCGACCCAAUCAGCCCAGCCCUCGCAGCCUUCUUUCGACAAUCUCGGCCUCGACGCCCGCCUGCUGCAAGGAAUCGUGCGCCAAAAGUUCUCGACGCCCACUCCGGUCCAAGCCAAGGCCAUCCCGCUCGCUUUAGAGGGCAAGGACAUUCUUGCUCGCUCCAAGACCGGCUCCGGCAAAACCGCCGCCUACGUCCUCCCCAUCCUCCAUUCCAUCCUCAAGCGUAAAGCCGACGCCUCCUUCACGAAAUGCACCUCCGCCCUUAUUCUCGUUCCGACGCGCGAGCUGGCCGGCCAGGUUUCCAAGACAGUUGAAGCGUUCGCCACCUUCUGCGGACAGGACGUGCGCGUAGCCAAUCUCACGCUGCGCGAGGAUGAUGCCGUGCAGCGCGCGCGCCUGGCCGACUCGCCGGAUGUCGUCGUCGCCACUCCGGGCCGCGCUUGCGUCAACUUGAACGCCGCCGCGCUCGUGCUGGACCGCCUCGCGCAUCUGGUCAUCGACGAGGCUGACCUGGUUCUGUCGUACGGCUACGACGACGACCUGGAGAGUAUCUCCAAGUCCAUCCCCAAGGGCACCCAGACCUUCCUCAUGAGUGCCACUCUUAGCAGCGACCUAGAUGACCUUAAGGGCCUGUUCUGCCGCGACCCUGUCUUGUUGGAGCUGGAUGAGGAGGAUAAGGACCAGGGCAAGGUCAGCCAGUAUAUUGUGAAGUGUGCCGAGGAUGAGAAGUUCCUGCUCAUCUACGCCAUCUUUAUGCUGAAGCUGGUUAAGGGCAAGGUCAUCGUCUUCGUGGGUGACAUUGACCGCUGUUACCGCUUGAAGCUGUUCCUCGAGCAGUUUGGCAUCAAGAGCUGUGUCCUCAACUCGGAGCUGCCGGUCAACUCGAGGAUCCACGUGGUAGAGGAGUUUAACAAGAAUGUUUACGACAUCAUCAUUGCUUCGGAUGAGCACGAGGUGCUGGGUGACGAGGACAAGAAAAAGAAGAAGCGCAAGGCCAAGGAGGGUGACGAGGAAGAGGAGCAAGACGAGGCGGAUGGCGAGAAGGAGGAUGCGAAGGAGGAUGCUGCAGACGGCGCGGAAGCAAAAACAGGUGACGACUCCACCGAACCUCCCAGGAAAAAGCGAAAAGGCAGGAAGAAGGACAAAGAGUACGGAAUUGCGCGUGGUAUCGACUUCCAGAACGUCUCGCUGGUCCUCAACUUCGACCUCCCCACCUCGUCCAAAUCCUACACCCACCGCAUUGGCCGCACCGCACGCGCUGGCAAAAAUGGCAUGGCCAUCUCCUUCGUCAUUCCCAAGGACAAGUACCGCAAGCACAAGCCGACGUCAAUCGAAUCAUGCAAAAACGACGAAGAAGUGCUAGCCAAGAUCUCCAAGAGCCAGGAGAAGCGGGGCAACGCGCUGCAACCGUACCACUUCGACAUGAAGAAGCUCGAGGGUUUCCGGUACCGUCUGGCGGACGCGCUGCGCGCCGUCACGCGCAUCGCGGUGCGCGAGGCCCGCGCGCGCGAGCUCCGCCAGGAGCUGCUCAAGUCGGAGAAGCUCAAGCGCCACUUCGAGGAGAACCCCCAGGACCUACUGCACCUCCGCCACGACGGCGAGUCCCGCACCGCCCGCCAGCAGCCCCACCUCAAGCAUGUCCCCGAGUACCUGCUUCCUGCCGGCGGCAAGACGGAGGUCGAGCGCGAGAUCGGCUUCGUCGGGUUCCGCAAGGAUGAUGGGAGGGAGAAUCGUAUCAGGAAGGCUCGCGUGCAGAAUCGGUUCAAGGGUAAGGGCAGGAUUGCGAAGACGAAGAAGGCGGAUCCGUUGAAGACGUUUAAUGCUAAGGGGAGGGGGAAGAAAUAA